AAUUAUAAAUAAUAACAAUGCCAACAAUUAAGCUGAGACUGCCUUCGAAUCGUACGCUGGGAAACAUUUGCGUCUAUGGCGCCGUUUUCUCCAUUUCAGCGGUAAUGUAUAUGCGUUGGAAGCUGGAGGAUCGCGUCAGAUCCCAAGAUUUCUACAAAUUGGCGCUGCAACAUGUAAGAAGUCACAAGGGAGCUGUCAAGCUGCUGGGUGAGCCUAUUAAGGAUUCAGGUUUUGACAUGUCCAAUGUAAAUAACACAUGCGAUGAGCACAGAGCGCAACUAGAAGUUAAUGUGCGCGGCUCCAAGGAUAAAGGCACUGUCUACUUCUGGGCCACUAAUCAACCUGACAAGGGCUGGCUAAUCGAGCGACUGGAGCUAGAGGCAAAGCAGCAUCCGAACAAACGUUUCCUGCUAAAGAAGCCCAAUCAGCUAACGUUCAAUGAAGCAAAUGCAGAGAAUCAGAUAUCAGCACACAGUAUGGAAUUACCUCCACAGAGCAUGCCAGCGAAUGGCGGCCGUCAAGAAUCAUUUUUCACUGCACAGGCUACAGCUCAGACCCUGCAACAGUCGGAGGAACCCAUGGCGUAUAUACAGACCGCAGAGGGAGGUCGCAUGCAGUAAACAAAAUUCAGUGAAAGUCAUUUCAUUAGUUUAUGCUCAUAAAAUUUUGAUAAAUUUAAGCAGUUCUUAUAAUUUGUUUAUAAUUAAAUAG